AUUCUCUCUCUCUCUCUCUCUCUCUCUCUCUCUCUCUCUCUCCAGAAGAGGAAGAAGAUUCUACCAGUGAUCAUCAUCAAUAACCAGAGAAGAUCAUGGCAGCAGAAGCAAGCUCUAAUAGUUCUACUACAACACGCUCUCUCGAAGAUACAUCCACUUGGGCACUAGCUACCGUUUGCUUCUGCUUCAUCUCUGUCUCAAUUCUUCUUGAGCACUCCAUUAAUCUCAUCUCCAAAUGGCUCAAGAAACACCGGAAGAAAUCACUCUAUGAAGCUGUAGAGAAGCUUAAAUCAGAACUGAUGCUGGUUGGGUUCAUUUCACUUAUAUUAACAACAACACAAGUACCCAUCUCCAAUAUCUGCAUACCCAUUAAAGUUGCAGACACCAUGCUUCCAUGCCAUAAGAAAGUAACCAAAACAGGGCAUAGUACUGAAACUGGUGGAAGUUCCAAUUCUGAUAAAUGUGCCAUUAAAGGAAUGGUUUCUCUGGUUUCCCAACAAGGGCUAGGGCAACUACAUAUUUUGAUCUUUGUAUUAGCAACGACUCAACUUGUCUACAGUCUUCUCACCAUGGCAUUAGGCAGAGCAAAGAUGAGGCGUUGGAAAGCUUGGGAAGAAGAGACUCGAACAAUCUCAUACCAAGUGGCCAAUGAUCCUCAACGGUUUAGAUUUCUACGGCAAACAACAUUCGGAAGACGGCAUAUGAGUACUUGGAUAGAAUCACUAUGGAUUAAAUGUUUCUUCCGCCAAUUCUUUCAUUCGGUGGCAAAAGUUGAUUAUCUCACAUUACGCCAUGGCUUCAUCGCAGCUCAUUUGCCCUCCAACAUCCACUUCAAUUUCCAACAAUACAUACAAAGAUCCUUGGAGGAUGAUUUCAAAGUAGUAGUGGGAAUCAGCCCCCCUAUGUGGUUGGCUGUUGUCCUCUUCAUGCUUGCUGAUGUGCAUGGAUGGCAUAUGUAUCAUUGGAUAGCCUAUGCUCCAUUGAUUUUUGUGCUAACUCUUGGAACCAAGCUUGAAGUAAUUGUCGCAAAAAUGGCUCUGCAACUCAAAGACCAGAACACUGUAAUCACAGGAGCUCCUUUGGUGCAACCUAAUGACAAACUUUUCUGGUUUAGCCAACCUAGAUUUGUAUUGACUCUUCUUCAUUUUACCCUGUUCAUGAAUGCUUUCGACAUUGCAUUCUUUAUCUGGGUAACGUUAGAAUUUGGGUUCAACUCUUGUUAUCAUGAGCAUGUCGAGAUUACAAUCACAAGGGUGGUAUUAGCGGUGAUUGUACAAGUCAUUUGCAGCUACAUUACUCUCCCACUCUAUGCCCUCGUUACACAGAUGGGUUCUCACUUCAAGAGUGCAGUACUGGAAGAACAAACAGCCAAAGUAAUAAAGCAAUGGUAUGCAGACGUGAAGAAGAGGCAGAAGAUGAAGAAACUAGCAAGUCAUCCCAACUCUGAUAUUGGAGGCAGCAGGAAACCUAGUCCUACAGAAGUUUCUUCCCCACGUACCCGACAGUCCCCAACAACACUCACAAAAACUAUUUCUUUCCCUAGCGAUGAUGAAAUCAGUCAAGUCCAAGAGGAACCAGGUGAGGCAAACGUUCCUUCCAGGGGCAGUGGUAGUAGAAUUGUCAAUUUUGAGUCGAGAGAAGCCCCCCACAAUUAGAACUGAAUUCGUAUGAUGCAAUGGAUAGAUAGCUUCAGUAGUUUACAUACAACAUGCGAUACUGAGAUUGUCGCUUCAAAUGACAGAACAAGAGCCUAUGAAUGAAACAAUUUAUUCAUUUGUUGUUGGAACACAAGGACUAUAACUUGAUUUAAGAUGACAGUGUAUACAUGUAUGAACCAUUUGACCUUUCUAGUAUACAUAAAAGUGCAAGAUUUUGUUCAUUUGUAGUUAAAACUUAAGAACUGAUCCUA